AUGCUACUUUUCUUUUAUUUCCUCCGAUUUCUUCUAAUUUUCCAAGUUAAUUCUAUAAAUGUUCUUGUCUAUUCACCAGCUUUUGCCGCAAGUCACACCAACUUUAUGGCAAGGUUGGCAGAUACACUCACUGAAGCUGGACAUAAUGUGACAUUUCUAGUCCCGAUUGUAGAUGUGGCACGGACCAAACAAUUGGGUGUGCACGUUACAACUGAUGUGAUAAUUGUGGAGAAAGAUGAGCACACAACUCAAGAAAGUGUUCCAUUUGAUGAUAGUAUGGAAGCAUAUUGGACAGAAGAAACGCAUUCGUCUAAUGUCGGAGAGUCUUUCCAAUGGUUUUUCGACGGAAUGAAACUAGGAUGUGAGAACCUUCUUCGUCGACAUGAAAUUCUGGAUCAACUGAAAUCUCGCAACUUCGACGUGGCAAUAGUCGAACCACUUUCAGUGUGUGGUCUCGGAUUGGCAAAAAAACUUGAAAUUGGGAAGACUAUAUUAGCAUCUUCGUGUGCCUAUUAUGAUUAUUUAUUCCGUCAUAUUGGAGAGCCAGAUGUACACAGUUAUCUUCCAUCGUUGAUGAGCACUACAGGUGAUGUCAUGACAACUUUCGAACGACUCGAGAAUCAUAGAGUUGCAGAGGCAAUGGCAACUGCUAUGUAUAAAAUGUUUGAUUCUGAGAAAGCGAUCUAUCGGAAACAUUUCGGAGAUGAAAUUCCUGAUUGGAGAGAUCUCUUACCAGCUGCUUCUUUAUAUUUUACAAAUUCCAAUCCAUACCUAGAUUUUCCCCGUCCAAUUCUACAAAAGACAGUUUCAAUUGGUGGAAUAUCAGUCGAUACGAAGAAAAUAAAAUCUCAAGAACUGGAUAAGGAAUGGAAUCAUAUUUUAAACAAACGAAAUUUAAAUAUGCUCAUUUCAUUCGGCUCAAUGAUACAUUCAUCACAUAUGUUAGAUGAUGCAAAGAAGAAUUUAAUAAAAGUGAUAAAAUCAGAGCCAAAUGUCACUUUUAUUUGGAAAUAUGAAACAAAUGACACCUCUUUUGCCUUUGGUAUUGAUAAUAUUUACUUUUCCAAGUGGGUUCCACAAUCUAAACUACUGAAUGAUGCUCGAUUAACUGCAUUUUUGACUCAUGGGGGUCUUGGAUCUACAAAUGAACUUGCACAUUUUGGAAAACCCGCCGUAAUGGUUCCAAUAUUUGGUGAUCAAUAUAGAAAUGGACAUAUGCUUCAACGACAUGGAUGUGCAAUUAUUGUUCAGAAAACUGAGUUGAGCAAUUGGAAAAUUGUGAGCUCGGCUGUGAAAUCAGUUUUAUACGAUGAGAACUACAAAAAGAAUGCGGCGCAUUUGGCGGAUUUACUGCAAAAUCAACCGGUUAAGCCGAAGGAAAUUGUCGUGAAAUAUGUAGAGUUUGUGGCAAGAUUCGGGCCAUUUCCCGAAAUGGAUGCAUAUGGUCGGCAGCUGAAUUUCAUUCAACGAAAUCUUCUAGACGUGUACCUUAUCGAACUUUUUGGACAUUUUUUGUUCUUUCUUAUCAUUUUCUGUUUAAUUCCCCUACAAUUGAAACGUUGGCUUAUCAAGAGAACCUGAAUGAAAUA